GCGCAUGCGCAAACUACCUGAAAGGACGCGAGAAAGAGAAACGAGCUAAUUCCGGGAUUUUCUCGUGACACCCCAACCAUAACAAGUUAAAAAUAAAUAGAGACUAUACACUUAAAAAAAAUAAGGAACGUAAUCCGGAGGGGGACAUUUUUACGUGCCGGACACAUUCGCAGGCUGCGUGUCUUCCGCAAGCGCCACAAAGCCAUGCCUGUUGACACCAGACGAAUACGUGGUCCAGAGGUUUCCCUAAGUCCGUCUCUGUUCGCGUGCAAGCCGGCGCCAGGCUUGCCAACGCACGGUCCCAGAGCGGACGGCCGGCAACGGGACCAAGUGGACGUCCGGCCCGUUUUCGUCAGGUGCGGGCUGGUGAGCCAGGCCAAGGGCUCUGCGUACAUGGAGGCCGGAGGUACCAAGUUGAUGUGCUGCGUUUAUGGUCCCAGAGAAACGGAUCGUAAAGAUGAAACCGAUAUGAAGUGUGGAAGGUUGACAACAGACAUGCGGUUUGCUCCAUUCUCGUGCCGAGAAAGAGGCGCCUGGAUUCAAGGGAGUCAGGACAAGGACUUCUCCUUGAUGCUGCACGAAAGUCUGCAGCCCGCUUUGUGCCUUCACAAAUACCCCCGCUCACAGAUCGAGGUCAACGUGAUGGUUCUCGAAAACAGCGGCUCAGUUCUGGCACACGCCGUCACCUGCGCGUCCCUCGCUCUCGCAGACGCAGGUAUUGAAAUGUACGACCUGGUCCUCGGCUGUGCCGUCCGACAGGAUGGGGCUUCUUAUGUGCUCGACCCGACGUAUGCGGAGGAAAAUGGCAGCGGCUCAGCGAGUGGCGACAAUCAGGGUCGACUCACGCUCGCGUUCCUCCCCAGCUUGAAUCAGAUUUCUGGGCUGCAGUCUGACGGGGAAAUGACUGAAGAGGCUUUGUCUGCUGGGGUGCGCACGUGUAUUGAGGGCUGCUAUAAGAUAUAUCCAGUCAUCCAACAAGCUCUGGCGAAGGCAGUUCGGAGGGCAGCCCCCCCACCAUCAGAGAGCUGACAGAGUUAGUUGUUUUCUGGGUCAAUAUCACGAGAAAGAGCCUUUGGAGUCCUCAUCACACUCACUCAGUAAUGAUGGAAAUAAAGCUGAAUCGUGAAGCUG